UGAGCGGGGAGCGGGGCACGGCGGAGGCACCUGAGCCCGAGGAUUUGGAGCCCCGACGGCAGCGGGAGCGGAGCCGGCCAUGCCCCGGGUCGCUGGGUGUGGAGGGAGCUAAGGAUGGUGCCCAGCCUGCGUCCUGCCCUCCUCCUCCUCCUCCUGCAGGCAUUUCUCCUCUGGGAUAGCCCCGUUGCAGCUUCCAUCCAAGAGCAGUACUGUGAGAGCCUGCUGCCCACCACCAACCACACAGGGCCUCAGUGUAACGCCUCUGUGGAUCUGAUCGGCACGUGCUGGCCCCGCAGCGCAGUGGGACAGCUGGUGGCUCGGCCCUGCCCUGAGUACUUCUACGGCGUGCGGUACAACACCACAAACAAUGGCUACAGGGAGUGCCUCGCUAAUGGGAGCUGGGCAGCACGGGUCAACUAUUCCCAGUGCCAGGAGAUCCUCAGUGAGGAGAAGAAGAGCAAGCUGCACUACCACAUUGCUGUCAUCAUCAACUACCUGGGGCACUGUGUCUCACUGGGGGCCCUCCUCGUGGCAUUUGUCCUCUUCAUGCGCCUGCGGAGCAUCCGGUGCCUGAGGAACAUCAUCCACUGGAACCUGAUCACAGCCUUCAUCCUACGCAAUGCCACAUGGUUUGUGGUGCAGCUCACGAUGAACCCGGAGGUGCACGAGAGCAAUGUGGUCUGGUGCCGCUUGGUCACUGCUGCCUACAAUUACUUCCAUGUCACCAACUUCUUCUGGAUGUUUGGCGAGGGCUGCUACCUGCACACAGCCAUCGUCCUCACCUAUUCCACUGACAAGCUCCGCAAGUGGAUGUUCAUCUGCAUUGGCUGGUGUAUCCCCUUUCCCAUCAUUGUUGCCUGGGCCAUUGGGAAGCUGUACUACGACAACGAGAAGUGCUGGUUUGGGAAGCGAGCAGGAGUUUAUACUGACUACAUCUAUCAAGGUCCCAUGAUCCUGGUGCUUCUGAUCAACUUCAUCUUUCUGUUCAAUAUCGUUCGGAUUCUCAUGACCAAGCUCCGAGCAUCAACCACGUCGGAGACGAUCCAGUACAGAAAAGCAGUAAAGGCCACACUGGUGCUGCUGCCCUUGCUGGGAAUCACCUACAUGCUGUUCUUCGUCAACCCAGGGGAGGAUGAGAUCUCCAGGAUCGUCUUCAUCUACUUCAACUCCUUCCUGGAGUCCUUCCAGGGCUUCUUUGUCUCCGUCUUCUACUGCUUCCUGAACAGUGAGGUGCGCUCGGCCGUGCGGAAGCGGUGGCACCGAUGGCAGGACAAGCACUCCAUCCGCGCUCGCGUGGCUCGGGCCAUGUCCAUCCCCACCUCCCCGACCCGGGUCAGCUUCCACAGCAUCAAGCAGUCCUCGGCGGUGUGAGGCAGGAAGAGGCAGCUGCCCGACGGGACCCUGCUGUGUGGGUACAGGAGCAGGGUGCUGCCCGCAGAGGAUGCACGAACUUGCAGUGGGCAAUGGGAAGCUUCGUAGAAGCUCCUGUAUGGAGAGAACAGACCCAUAGGAUGCGGGACAUCUGAGAUGCGUUGUCGCCUGCUUGGCUGCGGUGUGACCUGCUUGGGUGGCAGGAGGAAUCUGGAGAGGUUGCAGCAGCUGCUCUGUCUGCAUCCAUCCCAGUAUGAUGCCCCAUGUCCCCACUCCGCCUAUGUUUGUCACUUCUUUGAGGUGAUAACAGGCAGGGAUGCUCCAGGGAUUAAUCCCUUGUCUGGGAAUGCUGCUCAGGGUGGGCAAAAGCCUCUGAGUUGGUGGAGAUGACAGAGAACCUGGGGCUGAUUGUGGACUUUGCUUUACACCGCUGUGUUUUUUAAAGCGCUGGGGUUAUUGGAGCCCUCCUUGUCAGCUCAUUUCUCCAUGUAUGACAGAGGGCAGAGAGGCAGGACACGAAGUCAGAGCCCCUGGACCUCAGCCUGACCCUGUGUCCCUGCUCAGGGAAAGGUGAGGAAGAGCAGCCCCGUGGAGAUGUGUGUGGCUCUGCCCCUCCCCACCCUGCUUGCCCACUCACCCCAAGCUCAGUGCCAAAGCUGCUCCCUGCCCUUGUGUAGAGACCGGGGCCGAAUCCCUCCCACGCUGGGAUUAAGUGCCUUGGAGGAGUGGCAGCCUCCAUUCCCACACCAGCUCCCGGGCUCUGCCAUGUCCCUGGUCCAUCCCCAGCAUCCCAUUUCACGUGGUCACAGAAUGCAGCUCUGCGUGCAGUGCAGGAUCUGGCCCUGACCUUGUAGCCAGGCUUCCCCCCAUCAUGAGAUGCUCGUGCAGAGGGGCUGCAGGCUGAGGCUGCUCUCUGCAUCCCAGGGCUUUGCCUCUGAGGCCCUGCAGGCCUUGUUAGGAGUCACUUCACACUUC